AUGAAUCAUUCUUUUUAAAUUGUCCCUUCAGAUACUUUUUUGAAUAUUCUCAAUCAAAAUAAUAUUUCUGUUGUUGAUAUUGAUGAUGACUAUAUAGUAGAGUAAGAAUGGAUGUUUGAAAAUGAGAACAAUUUUCCAGAAUCAAAAAUUGAAGCAUAACAACCUAUAGUUUAUGAAAGAUCUUAAGCCCUUGUAGGGAAUCAACUAUUGUAAAAGUUUAAGAAAACAAAAGAAGAGGAUCUGUUGAAACAAAAUAAAGAAAUUUUUUAGGCUAAUCAAUCCAAAAGCCUUUAUCUUAAUAAAAUUUAGUAAUUAAUUGAUAGUCCAGCUGUUGUAAGCAAGCCAAAGCAAACGUAUAAUUGCUUUAUCCACUUAGACGUCAGAAAGUAAUUGUGGAAAGCGACUCUUCAGAUGGAAAGGGUAGAUUAAUGAAAAAUAGAGAAUCAGCUAGGAAUUCUAGAAAAAGAAAGAAAAUAUAUGUGGAAUUAUUGGAAAAUAAAGUAAAAGAGUUGACAGAUUAAAUUAAAUAGUAUGAAUACAAUUUGUAAUAAUACAAAAUUUAAAAUCUAUAAGUAAAUCUUAAUAAAUAUAUUAUGCAGUUAGAAAGUUUUAGAGAAGAUUAUUAUAGAUAAUUAAAUUAAUUGAAUGGAUUAUAAAGUAUUCAAGUAUUACAAGAGUAAUAUGGUGCUACUUCAUAACGUCGUUGGAGUGUAUGUACUGAAUUAAUUAAUUUAUUAAUUGAGUCUACGAUUCCAAUAGAAAUUAAAAAGCUUAUGGAAUCAGCAAAAAAUGGAACUGAUAUGUUUAUAAGUCCACUUUUGAAUCAUAAUUCAUGUUUAUAAUACAAAGAGUAUUUUUAAAAAGGAAUUUUUGAUUUAGAGAUGUAAACAAUUAUUUAAAUUGAGAGCAACAAAGAAUUUUGGAUUGUCAUAUGAUAAAAUAAGAGAAUAAGUAUUAUAUUUAGAGAGACUAAAAUUGGAAGUUAUAGAAACAAUUGGAGCUAAUUAAUACAUUGAAUACUUAAAUUAAUAAUUCAAUUGA